AUGAGCAGCUUUCAAAAUAUCGAGAAGCCGUCCUUGGUAUGGCACUGGAGGUCCUGGGACGACAUCAAAGCAGCCUCAAUGUUCACGCUGGGCAAUUAUGUCAACAUUAUCCUUCUGGCCAUCUUCCUUAUCUUGGCCAUCAACCAAGUGAGACUCAAGAAUCAAGCUGCCAAGAAGGUCGGUUUCGAGAGCCGCUAUCUCAAAGCCCCUGAGUUCCCUCCUAUAGAGGAGCAACCAGACUUUGACUGGGCAGCAACAGAACCUCUCCGCUUCCGGCCCUUCAAGCCCAAAUACCAUUUGACCAUGGCCGAAUCUGACGAGUCAGCACUUGAAAACCUCGAUCCUUCGGAGUUACUAGUGAUGGACAGGAACUACGCAGACCGCAUCGCCUACCGCCGGAAAGUCAUGGCCGAGCAUGGCGAGCACGUCGUUGCCGUGAAUGACGAUUAUCGCAUCCGUCCCGCCGUCGUGGAACUCUACCAGUUCCUUCUCGGCACUUACCUACCGCUACGCUUUCCUAAGAUGUUUAAAUUACACGAAACCGAUUAUGAGGAGGGCAAGACGUUUAUGCUGGAGAAUCUGGUGACCAAGGCCCUAUUUCCCGCGAAACCCUCGCCUCGGACGUCGACAAAAAUGCUGUUAGAGACACUUGGUCGGACACUUGACGAAGACUUCCUCUUCCUCCUUCCCGAGGAAGAAGGAGACAAAAUCACGAAGAAGAAAGAAACCAAUAGCGAGAGCUCAGAAGGUGAUGCGAAGUACAUCCUCGAGGCCUACGUCUGCUGCUGCCCCAGCGGAUUCGACCCGCGUGAGAAACUCGGCAACAGGCUCGCCAAAAUCCACGGUCCGGUGCCCGGCUACCCUCAAAAACUGGAGGCAUCGAUGGACCGAUUCUUCUCCCGGCUCGAGGUAGGCAAGUAUGUGCGCCGCGUAAACUGGGCCGUCACCACGAACACCGAACUCUAUGCCGCUGGACCCGGCACCAACCACGCCCACGAAGGGGAUGAGGUCGAAGAACUCGAGGACGUCGAUGUGGACAAGACGUUCCUGAGGUGCGAAAGGCAGACGCUACACAGACUGCCGAAAAGUAAGGCGCUGGUGUUUGCCUUCAGGACAUAUUUGUACCCGAUUGCCCAGGUAAAGGAGGAGGGGAAGGGAGAAGAACUCGCACAGGCUAUUGAUGGGUUAAAGGAGGGCAGUGUGCCCGCAAUGCACUUUUACAAGAGGGGCGCGGUGUGGGGAGAGGCCGUCAAGAGGUACCUCAGAAGCUGA